AUGGCUGACGCCGGCGCCGGCAUCGCCUUCCGCUCCAUCGCCGCGCUCGGUCGGGACUACCGGCGCGGCGCGCUGUCGCCGACGGCGGUCGUGGAAGCCUGCCUCCAGCGGAUCGACCGCGACGACGGCCAGCUCAACGCCAUCGCACGGUCACCGGGCUUCGGCUCCGACCCCGUCUUCGCCGCGCCCGCGACGCGCGAUGCCGCCAUGGUCGCGCACUUGCGCGCGGCGGGCGCGGUGCUGAUCGCCAAGACCAAUCUGCUCGAAUUCGCCUACGGCGCGGUCAAUCCCCGGGUCGGGCAGACCAACAAUCCGUGGGACACCGGCCGCACCGCGGGCGGCUCCAGCGGCGGCUCGGCUGCGUCCGUCGCCGCCGGCCUCUGUUACGCGGCCGUGGGGACCGAUACCGGGGGCUCGAUCCGCAUCCCCGCCGCCUAUUGCGGCGCGGUGGGGUUGAAGCCGACGUACGGCCUGGUGCCGCUCGCGGGCGUCUCGAUGCUCUCCUGGUCUCUCGAUCACGCCGGGCCGAUCGCGCGCAGCUGCGCGGAUGCCGCGGCUUUUCUGGGCGGGCUCACGGGAACGUCCGUCGAUGCGUCGCCGGCCAGCCUCCGCGGCCUCCGUUUCGGGCUCAUCGCAGCGCUCAGGGACUACGACGCGACCACGCCCGGCGUUCGCGCCGGCAUGGACUCCGCCUGCGCCGUUCUGCGCGAUGCGGGCGCUGCGGUCGAGGAGGUCGAGAUCGAGGCGCUUUCGGAGUCGGCCGAGGCCCUGCUUCACGUCCUGCUGCCGGAGGCGAGCGUGAUUCUGAGGCGGCUCCUCGAUAGCCAUGCGGACGCAUUGGCCGAGCAGACGCGUGCGCAGCUGGAGCUCGGCUUCGCGCUGCCGGCCACCGCUCACGUUCGCGCGCAGCAGUUCCGGCGCUUCCUCGGCGAACGCUUCCUCGACUGUCUCGACCGCUUCGACGCGUUGCUCACGCCCGGUGUGCCGUGGGAGGCGCCGGCCGAGGACCCCGCCAUCGACGGCGCCGAGGGCUAUGGCGAGAUGCUGUGCAGCGCGCCGACCAACCUCUGCGGCCUGCCGAGCCUCGUCCUCCCCUGCGGGCGGGGGGAGGACGGCAUGCCCGUGAGCCUCCAGCUCAUCGGACCACCCGAUUCCGACGAGCGUCUGCUGCAGAUCGGCGCGGCGCUCGAGCCCGCGUUCCUGCUGGGCCCGCCGCCUGGAUACGGCUCAUCGCUGUCGGCGGCGGAGGGAUUGGGGUAG